AGCUGUUUGCCGUGUUAAUGUAGGAAAGUUAAAGGAAAAAAUAUACAACUUUUGCGAAGUGUACACUUCUCAAAUACACUAAGUAAACCAGUAUUUCGGUAUACGGUUCUUCCAAUGUUUUUAAUGAAUAUAAGCAUUUAUCAAAAACACAUUUGGACUCAGUGCCUAGAGGCCCCAAGUCUUGUUGGCUUUUGGAGACUCUCAGAGGCCAGUCUGAAAAAUCAACAUGUUAUUUUGCUUUCUAUUUCCCAAUUAAAAAGACACAUUUUAAUCAUUUCAACCACUUACCCACCUACACCACCGGAAAUGUCCUCGUUUCUUAACCCUUCUUAGUGGUCCCAAAUUCUUAAUGAACAUGGGCCCUUCUGCUGUAGGGAGGGAGUGUAGACGCUGCAGUGGAAGGAUGAGAAAUGGACUUUCCUAGAUAUUCUAUUGGAAUGACCCGAUUAGUGUGGACAAAAGACUGUUCCCUUUUGUAAGAACGAGAUCAGAGUAAACAAUUCUUUCAAGCUCUGAGAGGGGGGCAUAUUAAAAAGGGGUUAGAGAGAAAAGCACGACAGCAAGGUGACAAAGUUCGACGUGGAUCACGAAAACAAACCUUAGUUCAGCGUUCGGCUCCUACUGUUUUUCGUCAGGCGGCGCCGCGGACACCUCUGCUUCACAGUGAUUGGCCUGCAGCGGGGUCCUCGCGUUCGUCCAAUAUGGCGGCGCCCAGUGGUGGUGUGAACUGUGAGGAGUUCGCCGAGUUCCAGGAAUUACUCAAGGUGAUGAGGACAAUUGAUGACAGAAUAGUACAUGAAUUAAACACUACGGUUCCAACAGCUUCCUUUGCAGGGAAAAUUGAUGCCAGCCAAACCUGUAAACAACUUUAUGAGUCUGUAAUUGAUGCAGCUCAUGCGAGUAGAGAUAAAGUUAUAAAAAAUUGUAUAGCCCAGACCUCAGAAGUAGUAAAAAACCUCCGCGAAGAGAGAGAAAAGAAUUUGGAUGAUUUAACGUUAUUAAAGCAACUUAGAAAAGAACAGACAAAGUUGAAAUGGAUGCAAUCAGAACUGAAUGUUGAAGAAGUGGUAAAUGACAGGAGCUGGAAGGUGUUUAAUGAACGCUGCCGGAUUCACUUCAAGCCUCCAAAGAAUGAAUAAAGAGAGAUUAUUUUUUUAAAAGAAGGACCGGGUCAUCUCAUGAUUGCUAAGCACGACAGACAUCAACAGGGUGGGCUUCUUAGGAUGAUUUCUGAGCCAACAGUCCAAGACCUUUUGUUGAUUUCAGCCCCACUUAGCCAAGACCUCAAGUCUAAAUAAUUCUGAUAAUUAUAAAAUAAUCAACUGCUAUUUUAUACUGAUUCUGUAAAAAAAAAAAAAGUUUUGUAACUAUUAAAAUAAUUUUCUGACUCAGUGUA